AUGGAGCCUUUCAACCACCAUCGCCGCCGUACCAUCUUCUUCUUUCUCCUCCUCGUUCUCCAUGUGCUGCCACCUUUAACGCUCUGCAUCAACCAAGAAGGCCUGUACCUCCAAAAAGUGAAGAGCAGCCUUGACGACCCCGACAAUGUCCUCUCCAACUGGAACCCACUUGAUGCCGUGCCCUGCAACUGGUAUGGAGUCACCUGCGACUCGACCAAUAGCUCUGUCUACUGGCUUGAUCUCUCCAGCUCAAACCUUUCUGGCCCCUUCCCGUCUAUUCUCUGCCGGUUGAAGAACCUGACUUUUGUUUCUCUCUACGACAAUUUCAUCAACUCCACUCUUUCUGACGUGGACAUUGCCAUGUGUCAGUCAUUGGAGCACCUAGAUUUGUCGCAGAACUACUUAACCGGUGAACUCCCCGGCGCUCUAGCUGACCUUCCAAACUUAAAGUAUCUGGAUUUGGCCGGAAAUAACUUUUCCGGUGAAAUUCCGGUAAGUUUUGGGAAGUUUCAGAAUCUUGAGGUUCUUUCAUUAGUGGAGAAUUUGUUGGGAGGGACGAUUCCCUCAAUUUUGGGGAACAUUUCGACCCUGAAACAGUUGAAUCUCUCGUACAACACGUUUUCACCAGGCCGGAUCCCGCCGGAGCUUGGAAAUCUCACGAAACUCGAGGUACUAUGGUUGACGCAGACUAAUCUGGUGGGUGAAAUCCCAGAGUCACUGGGUCAACUCCGGAGGCUUACGGACUUGGAUGUAGCUAUCAACGCAUUAACGGGUGGAAUCCCGAGUUCACUCACGGAGUUGACAAACGCGGUACAAAUUGAGCUCUACAACAAUUCAUUGACCGGCGAGCUGCCGAGUACUGGAUGGUCAAACAUGACAGCCUUGAGGCUGCUAGAUGCGUCAAUGAACGAUUUGAGUGGGCUGAUCCCGGCCGAGCUGUGCGAGUUGCCACUCGGGUCACUCAACCUGUACGAGAACAGAUUCCAAGGUGAAUUACCUGAAAGCAUUGCAAAUUCGCCUAAUUUAUAUGAGUUAAGGCUCUUUCAGAACCAGUUAACUGGUAAAUUACCCCCAAAUCUUGGAAAAAACUCGCCCUUGCGAUGGAUUGAUGUUUCAACGAACGGGUUUUCAGGCGAAAUGCCUGAGAAUCUGUGUUCAAAGGGUGUUCUUGAGGAGGUUUUAAUGAUUGAAAAUUCAUUUUCCGGCCAAAUUCCGGCGGCUCUAGCAGAAUGCAAUAGCUUAUUGCGUGUACGGUUCGGGCACAACAGACUUUCUGGCGAAGUUCCUGCUGGUUUUUGGGGUCUUCCUCACGUAUCGCUGCUGGAGCUCGCUGGCAACUCAUUUUCAGGUGGGAUUGCAAAAACUGUUGCAGGUGCUUCAAAUUUAUCUCAGUUGAUAAUAUCCAUGAACAGCUUUUCUGGUACUAUUCCAGAAGAGAUUGGUUUUUUGGGUAAUUUAUUGGAAUUUUCGGGCAAUGAUAAUGAGUUUUCGGGGUCCUUACCGGUUAGCAUAGUGAAGCUGGGACAAUUAGUAAAGCUAGAUCUUCACGACAAUAAAUUGUCUGGUGAAAUUCCAAGUGGGAUUCAUUUGUGGACGAAGUUAAAUGAGUUGAAUCUCGCAAACAAUGAAUUUUCUGGGAAUAUUCCGAAUGAAAUUGGGGAAGUGGCAGUACUUAAUUAUCUAGAUUUAUCUGAAAAUAAACUUUCUGGUAAAAUCCCUGUUGGGUUACAGAACUUGAAGUUGAAUCGGCUUAAUUUAUCAAACAAUCACCUCUCUGGCGAUAUUCCUCCUUUAUAUGCUAAGAAAAUGUAUAAAGAUAGUUUUUUGGGGAAUCCGGGAUUGUGUGGAGAUAUAGAGGGUUUGUGUGAUGGAAGAAGUGAAGUCAAGAACAUGGGUUAUGUUUGGAUGUUGAGAUCAAUCUUUAUGCUUGCUGGAGUGGUGCUUACAGUGGGUGUAGUGUGGUUCUACUUGAAGUAUAGGAAAUUCAAGAAGGCCAAAAUGUCGAUUGAUAGAUCCAAAUGGACACUAAUGUCAUUUCAUAAAUUGGGAUUCAGUGAGGAUGAGAUACUUGAUGCUCUUGAUGAGGAUAAUGUCAUUGGAAGUGGGUCGUCUGGCAAGGUUUACAAGGUGGUUCUGAGCAAUGGCGAGGCAGUUGCUGUGAAAAAGCUUUGGGGGUGUUCGAAAUUGGCUGAUGACAGUAUCGAUGUCGAGAAGGGUAAUUUUCCAGAAGAUGGUUUCGAUGCGGAGGUGGAUACUUUAGGGAAGAUCAGGCAUAAGAAUAUUGUUAAAUUGUGGUGUUGUUGUUCAACGAGGGGAUGCAAGCUUUUGGUUUACGAAUACAUGCCUAAUGGUAGCUUAGGGGAUUUGCUUCAUAGCACCAAGAGCGGAUUGUUAGAUUGGCCGAUAAGGUUUAAGAUAGCCAUGGAUGCAGCUGAGGGACUAUCGUAUUUGCAUCAUGAUUCUGUGCCUCCGAUUGUUCACAGAGAUGUGAAGUCGAAUAAUAUAUUGUUAGAUGCAGAUUAUGGUGCUCGGGUUGCAGAUUUUGGUGUAGCCAAGGUGGUUGAGGUGAAUGGGAAGGGUACCAAAUCCAUGUCUGUCAUUGCAGGGUCUCGUGGUUACAUCGCCCCAGAAUACGCCUACACUCUAAGGGUGAACGAGAAGAGUGAUAUCUACAGUUUUGGUGUGGUUAUUCUUGAGUUAGUCACCGGUAAACUUCCAGUCGAUCCCGAGUAUGGCGAAAAGGAUCUGGUGAAAUGGGUGUGCACCAUAUUAGACCAAAAGGGUUUAGACCAUGUAAUCGAUCCAAAACUUGAUUCCUGUUUCAAGGACGAAAUAAGCAAAGUGCUGAAUAUAGGCCUCCUCUGUACGAGUCCCUUGCCCAUAAACCGUCCUUCCAUGAGACGUGUUGUGAAGAUGUUGCAAGAGAUAGGCACCGGGAACCUCCCCAAGACUGCUUCAAAAGAUGGCAAAUUGACACCUUAUUACCACGAAGAUGGGUCGGAUCGAGGAAGUGUCGCUUGA